ACCCACCCCGCCGCAAGGCCCCGACCAAAAACACCAGCGAUCUGUGUCCUCUCACUCUCCCAGGACAAAACGAGGCAGCAAUGGCUUAUCGCAAUAGAAACUGGCACACCAUCUCUAAUUUCAAUAUAGUGCUUUUACCAGUCCUCUUGCUCAUGGCCUCGUCGGCGGCUACGGAGUCAUUGCGGAAGCCGUGUGAAUUUCCGGCUAUCUUCAACUUCGGCGAUUCGAACUCCGACACCGGCGGCCUCUCCGCUGCCUUCGGCCCAGCUCCUCCGCCCAACGGCGAGACAUUCUUCGGCCAGCCCUCCGGCCGUUAUUCCGACGGCCGCCUCAUCGUCGAUUUCAUCGCUGAAAGCCUUGGACUUCCUUUAUUAAGUGCUUAUCUUAACUCAAUUGGGACUAAUUUCUCCCAUGGAGCCAAUUUUGCCACUGCUGGUUCAACCAUAAGGAGACAAAAUACAACACUUUUUCAAAGUGGAUAUAGUCCCUUCUCUUUGGAUGUUCAAACCUGGCAGCUCACUCAGUUCAAGUCCAGAUCCCAGUUUUUCUACUCACAAGGAGCCGUUUUCAGAGAUUUGUUGCCAAAUGAAGAAUAUUUUUCGAAGGCACUUUACACCUUUGACAUUGGUCAGAAUGACCUCACGGCAGGCUAUUUCCUUGGGAUGACAACUGAAGAAGUUAAAGAAAAUAUUCCUGAUAUUCUCGAUCAAUUCGCUGUCGCAAUAAAGACUAUAUAUUGGCAAGGUGGGAGAUACUUUUGGAUCCACAACACCGGUCCUUUUGGCUGUCUCCCCUAUGUUUUGGAUAGGCUGACCUUGAAAGCUUCCGAGGUAGACCGUAAUGGUUGUGGAAUUCCAUUCAAUGGAGUGGCUCAGCUAUUCAAUUCAAAGCUAAAUGAUACUGUAAUACAGCUUAGAAAGGAACUUCCUCUUGCAUCUUUCACAUAUGUUGAUAUUUACUCCAACAAGUACGGGCUCAUUAGCCAUGCAAGAGAAUAUGGAUUUGAACACCCACUUAUGGCUUGUUGUGGCCAUGGUGGAGCUUACAACUACAACAGAACGAUAGGCUGUGGAUCCAAAACUGUAGUAAAUGGAACAGAAAUUAUUCUUGCAAACUCAUGCAAAGAUCCCCUUAAGCGUAUCAACUGGGAUGGAGUCCAUUACACGCAAGCUGCAAAUCAAUGGAUUUUUGGACAAAUAUCACAAGGGGCUUUUUCUGAUCCUCCUCUUCCUAUCACAAUGGCUUGCUACAAUCAAACAGCAUAAGAGCUACUAGGCUUUGAAUGUUUGUCAUUUGGAAUUGGUUGAAAAGGCAUUAUGUAUGAUUUGGGUUUUUUUAUUUAUUUUAUGGUUUCUUAGUUUGAAAUUGUAUUAUUGUUAAAUUUCGCAUGCAUUGGGGAAUAGAGCGUGAGGAUUAGAAUACAAGAAAAGUGAUGGUUGUGAUUA